AUGCAGAUUCCGCUUGCCUUGGGCGUGCAGACAGGUGGAAGCAUCAUCCGACCAGCAGCCUACUGUGGGACAUUCGCUAUGAAACCCACGUACAACGCCAUCUCAACCUCAGGCCAAAAGAUCGUUUCUUCUACAUUCGAUACUAUCGGCUUCUUCGCUCGAAGCAUAGCGGAUUUGCAGUUACUAGCAGAUGUCUUCUCACUCCCUGACGACGAGCACCCGGAGAAAGUAUGCUUGGGAGACAUCUCAUUGGCUCUUGUCAAGACACCAAUGUGGUCACACGUCGGCCCUGGUACUAUACAUGCCAUGCAUAAAACAGCCGCGAUACUGCAAAACCACGGCAUACAGGUCGAAGAAGUGUCACUACCAAACGAGUUUGGCAACGCAGACAUUCUAACGCGCUUACAAAACGCAAUCAUCGACAAUGAGACAGCACUCGCGUUCCACGAAGAACACUGUUCGCACAAGGACGGGUUGGACGUCUCAAUUCGGAAUCUAGUAGAAAACCACUCCAAACACGCUGAUGCAGAAAAAGAGAAGAGGGAGGCUCUGGAAAAAUACACGCAUCUGCGUACGCUCUUCGACGCGAUAGCAGCCAAGUACACUGUCAUCAUCGCGCCAAGCGCUAUAGAUGAGGCGCCGGUGGGGCUUAACGAUAUGGGGAGUCCGGUGUUCAAUACGCUGUGGACGGUGAGUUGA